AUGGCACAGUGGAAGAAAACGCACCACUACUGCUCUAAUUGUGGCGCCACUCAAACACCAAUGCAAGGCGGCUCGUGCUUACAGUGCAGUGUUUGUAAAUCCCUGUCCUGGCCUCGUCAGGAUCCCAGUAUCAUUGUGCUUGUGACUAGUCGAGACGGGAACAAGGCGCUUCUAGCUCGAUCUCAUCGGCAUCCGCCGAAAGUACACACUGCCUUGGCUGGCUUUGUCGAGGCCGGAGAAACAUUCGAACGUGCUGUUUUGCGAGAAGCCUGGGAAGAGACUGGUGUACAAGUUGAUCUGGAAUCGGUUAAAUAUUUGGCGUCCCAGCCGUGGCCGUUUCCACGAUCCACCAUGAUUGGUUUCAGAGCCACGGCGGAUCACACCAAGCCGAUGAAUAUUGAUCAUAACGAAUUGGUGGACGCCCUAUGGUUUUCCAAAGAAGACAAUUUGACCUUGCCUGUUUUGAUUCCGCCAAAAGGAGUGUUGGCACGGAGACUGAUCGAUAACUGGUUAGAAGAUGCGACCUAA